CCUCGGCCUAUGACAGAACAACACGGGCAUGGAGGGUGGAGACGUGACAUAAAAAAAACGACAAAAAGUGAUGACUGUUAUUGUCGGGAAAGCAACGUUAACGCGCGUCUGCUGGCAAUUUAACAAGGAAAAGAACUCAAGUCACGUGAUGGCCAACCCGGAAAUAGAGCAACUUCACGCAAAUAGGGCGACGCGCGGCGAACUUUUUGAACUUUAAAAGAAAACAAAUUGUACUUUUCAUCGGCGCUUAUGUUCAAACUGCAGCCAAAGUUGGACUUUCGCAGAGAUGUGGAGGCUCACGUCCUCCAGAAAGAGGCGGCUGUGUGUGGGAUGAAAGACUACUGUGGUGCUUUGGAUAUUUUAAUCAUCAACAUUGAGCGUGAUGGAGGAAUCCUUUACUCCUGGAAGGGGUGGACUGGAACCACCAGAGUUGGCAAGUACGACUCCGCCACCAAGCAGAAUAAGCUCCUGUACACCUUUGACAGGCAGGUGUGUGUCAGCAGCUGCUCCCUAAACAAGGAGGAGACAUUAUUAGCUGUCAGUCUGGCACACAACAACAGCGGCGAGGAGACCCUCAAACCGAGUAAUUCCCGUAAUCCCGCUUUUCAUUUGCAUGACUUGCAUCAUCGCUUUUUUGUUGUUUUCCCGGUUGUUUCAGUGUCUGAGUGCCUGACGCUCCUGAUUGAGAUCCAUCCUGUCAACAACACCAAGGUGCUCAAGGCGGUGGACUGCAGGGUCAAAGUGCAGUUCCUCCAUCCAGGAACUGACCACAGAUCAGUGCUAGAGAGCCACCUGCUGCUGCUGACUGAAGACGGAUAUGUGGACCAGUACCAUGUUUUGUUGACCAGACAUGGAGGCUACAAAGUGCUGAUGGCCAAUCCUGAGCGUCUGUCCAAAACAGCCGAGCGUCUUGCGGAGGACUUCUGCUGGGUCCAAUGGGACACUCACACGCAGAGACUCUACUACCUCACCCACGCGGACAAGUUCCUGCUGCGGUGUGUGCAGUUCUACGACAACCGCAACUGUGAAACUGUGCUGGAGCUUCCAUUAGAGCUGCAUGCCAAGUCCUUCACCUCCAUCAAGUUCGUCAACCUCGGUUUUGACCACUUUUACCUGGAGAGGCCGGAGCCCGUCAAGAUGGAAGUAUUCACAAACACAAUAGGAAGCAUGUGCGUGUGCUACAGCCGGCCUUCUUGUGACAAACCGGAGCUGAUCUACACGGUGGUUUUAGUGCACAAAGACUGCAGCAAGACUUUCCGGAUCACUUUGGGCGACACCACCCGGCAACAUCCGCUCUUCAUCCCCAUAGGCUACUACAUGGUGGUGUAUCUGCACGCCUGCUUCCUGCACUGCAUCAACACCAGGCAGCAGGAGAUGCUCUGCCACUCUCUAUUCCUGUCUGGCAACAAUGCAGUCGCCGGCCUCCCGUCCAAGACUGGAAGGUUGACAGUGAUGCACGCAGAGGAGGAGGAGGAGUCCAGCACAGCCUUGUUGGACCUAUCCAGCGGGACUAGUUACAGUGUCCAGCUCAACCCCGCUUACUUGAUGCAGAUCCUGCGAUCAGAUCCGCCUUUCAGCAGCAUGGCUGAUGCCCAGCGUUUAGCCGCCCUUCACUGCCUGCUUCUUCACAAGGGAAGUGACCCAGACGUAGAGCUGGAGAUUAUAGAAUGGCUGUGUGACAACGCAACACUGGAGUCCUUUGACCAGAUCCAGGAGUUCAUACUCGCGUCCUUGUACAGAAUAAACUACAAGAUGUCCCUCGGUCUGGAUAAGUUGCUGCCUUGCUCCUCCGUGUUCGAUCAGAAGGACCUCCCUGCUUGUCUGACCGAGGUUCCCGGUGUGCUGUGCACCGCCGAGCCGCACGCACAUCCUGUCUUCCAGGGAAAGGCCAGGAGCCUCCAGGGAUUCUGGUCCGAGCUGCAGUGGAACACGGAGAGGACCAGAUACUUCCACGCCGACCCCAAGCCCAGAUACAGGACUUGGCACGCUCAGGCCGACUGGACAAAACUGGUCACUGCCAGACCGUCCGGUCACAUGACUCACCUGUUGGACAACACUAAGAAAGUCCUCUCCACGGUGGACAGCUGGCGUCACGACGGGAAGAUGCUGCUGCUGCCGCUUUUCCAGGAGGAGGACCACCAGCAGAGGGCGCUCAUCGGCCUGACGGUGGAGAAGCUGCGAGAGCACCUGAACACACACCUGCCUCGACUGGGCAAGAAGAAGACAGACAUCCUGGUGGUCAACUACGUGGCUAAACUGUUGGAGCUGAUCAGACACAUGCUGGAGACAGUCUGGCUGAAACACAGCCUGGGCCCGCAUGUUCUGUGCCUCACACAGCCGGCCGGUCCUGGCGAGUGGGCCGUGUUUCACUUCAUGCUUAGGAUCCUGCAAGCCACCAGGGGGCUCUGCGCGCCCCUCCCACCUGGUUACAACACCCUGCUUGCAGCGUUUGCCGUGCGCCUCCUGCCUCGUCACACUUUCCUGCAGUACGUCGACCACGGAAUUCUCCGGCUAACGGAGACCUUUGUGUCUCGACUCCUGACAGAUUUUGACAACAGCGACGCCAACGAGAAGCUGAAGUUCAGUGUAUUGAAGAGACUUCCUGAGGCCAACAGAUUCUACCAUAUGUGGGAUCAUCCUGUCAGUUCGGCUUCCAUCUGCAGAGAUUAUGUCAGGAAUCUGUUGGGGAGACGCGACAGAAACAAGGGAUUUGCCUUCACCGGCAGAGACAAAGCCGGCUUCAGACCAGAGUUUCUCCCUCUCACACACCUGGCCAAAGUCCUGUCAGAUGUAGAAGAACAAGCUCUGAACCCCUUCGACGAACAAGAGAACGUGGACGCCACAUUUGUGGGGGAGACGGCUCUGAAGCAGACAUUAAUUCAGCUGGGGUUUGAGGGAAAAUGACAAGGAUGUGACAGACGGAGACUGUUGCAAGACAAGGGAAGGCUUAAGAGACUUAUGAGGGGAAAAAAAGGGAAAACUUUGUUAUACUUUAAUUUAAGCCAGGGAAGCGAAAACAGUUUUCUAUGCAGUCAUACAGCCUGAAACUGCCAAACACUCUUAGGUUGCACAGCUGACCUGGGUGUUCCUCUGGUGGAACUGGAAAAAAAAGGGUGGAGACCGGGAAGUCUGGGCUUUCCUACUGAUAAGUGGAAGAAAAUUGAUAGUUAGUUAUUGUUUUUAUCAGGAGUUCUUAACCUUUUUGACAUUGGGUGUCAACUUUUCCACUACAGAAGAACCCAGGACCCAUUCAAAUGUUAUCACUGAAUUAGUAAUCUUACUCUUGAUGUGAAUCAAAUAACCUACUUACAGUUUA